AUGAAGAAUCAAUUAUAGAAUAUGAUAAAGCAAUUGAAUUAAAUCCAAAUUAUGAUGAUUACUAUAAUAGUAAAGGUUGAAAUAUAUAAAUAAUUGAAUUAGGAUAAGCAUUAUACAAUUUAAAGAAAUAUGAAGAAUCAAUUAUAGAAUUUGAUAAAGCAAUUAAAUUAAAUCCAAAUUAUGAUGAUUACUAUAAUAGAUAAAGGAUAAGCAUUAUAAAAUUUAAAGAAAUAUGAAGAAUCAAUAAUAGAAUUUGAUAAAGCAAUUGAAUUAAAUCCAAAUGAUGAUGAUUACUAUAAUUGUAAAGGUUGA